GUUCCUCUCGCGAAAAAGAAAAAGAUGGGGGAGGGAACAACCGAAGGAGCGCUUGAAUAGAGUCUCUAGGGUUUUGACAUUUUCGGACAAGGCGACCGCGAAGGAAUGCGAUGAUCCUGAUCCUCUUCUAGGCGAUCGUCAUCGCGCAUUCUCCGGCCGCGUCGCGCAAGCGCUAGGGGGAUAGGUAGCGGGGGGGAUUAGGAUUAUCGCGCAUCGGCGGCAGCGACGAUCGAUCGAUCGAUAGCGCCGAGCGAUCAGUGGAUCAAGUCAAUGUAGCAGGAGAAGCCCGAAAUAUUCCAUUAUGCUGUCAGGAUCGCGACGACGAUGAAAAUCGAUGCCGCAAUAUCGGAGAUGGGAGGGAUGAGGGGUAAUUUCUCCUCGCCAGACUGCUGCGAUGUCCCGGGAACCAGGUGUCGCUGCAAGUGGCGAUGGACGAAUCCAGGCUGCUGCUCCAAGUGCCAUGACAAGCUUCGCCAUGGAGAUUGCCUUUUGUCGUCGCCAUUCCUCUUCUUCCUGUGCUCCUUUGCGGUGUUUGGUGGCGUGGGCAUGCUCUUCGCGUGGCUCACUUUCUCGCCGUAUCAGUACCAGAGGCUAGCCGUGACUGGGAGCGGGUGUCAGCCUGAUAAUGAGGGUUCCUGGGCCAUUGGAGUCUUUCAAGGAGCUAGCCCGUUCAGCCUAGAACCCCUGGAAAAGCUAAGCGUGAACAAUGAUGCCGGGUCAGCCUGGCCAGUGGCAAACCCCGUGCUCACUUGCGCAUCCGCAUCUGAUGGGAACCACGCAAGCAACUUUGUGGCGGACCCCUUCCUCUAUCUCCGCGACGAGAGCAUGUACAUCUUUUAUGAGUCGAAGAAUUCCGUCACGAUGCAAGGAGAUAUUGGGGUUGCCGAAAGCCUUGAUCAGGGAGCUACAUGGAAAACACUUGGCAUCGCAUUGGACGAGCCUUGGCAUUUGUCGUAUCCCUUUGUUUUCGAUCAUGAUGGCCAGGUUUACAUGAUGCCAGAAGGCAGCUCCCAAGGCGAUCUAAGGCUUUAUCGAGCCGUCCAGUUCCCGCUGCAGUGGACCCUCGAAAAAGUUCUCAUUCGCAAACCACUGGUUGACGCGGCUAUGGUGGAGUACAACGGCCUGUUCUGGAUCUUUGCGUCGAACUUCCAGCGUUUUGGCUCCCGCAAAAAUGGUGAGCUCGAGGUGUGGUACUCUUCAAGUCCCCUGGGUACGUGGAAGCAGCACAGGGGGAAUCCAGUUCGGAAUGGUGACAAGAGCUUAGGUGCUCGCAAUGCUGGGAGGCUGUUUAUAUACAACGGUCACAUCUACAGGCCGGGUCAAGACUGUGGCUCCACGUAUGGUAGCCGGGUGAAGCUGUUUCGCGUGGAGACCCUCACGAAAGACAAGUUCAAGGAAGUAGAGGUUAGCUUCAGUUUUGAAGAGUCUCAUAAAGGGAGGUAUGCAUGGAAUGGGGUGAGGCACCACCAUCUGGACGCACAGAAGCUGCCAUCCGGGAACUGGAUUGCAGUGAUGGACGGAGACAGGGUGCCGUCAGGCGACUUGUCGGUGCGGAUUUAUUUUGGUGCUGCGGCCCUGCUGUUUUUGGUGCUCUUGAACGUGGCGGUAGGCUGGCUCCUGGGAUUCUGCGUGACUUCUCCAAAGUAUAUGAGCCUUGGAAAGAGAGGGGAUGCUUCGCUGACGUCGUGGAUAAGGGUUCCACUCUCGUCAAGGUUGCACAGGACAGUGUUGAGAAUCAACAGGGACAGUCUUCCGUUCCGCAAUCGCUUGCGUUCCAACCUCUGCUUCCGACUCUGGCUGUGCUUCCUGGUAACUACAAUGUGCGUGGCCUCCAUCUGUGUGGCGGUGAGGUGCUUCUUCGGUGGUAGCGGUGCCGACGAGCCUUAUCCAGUGCAAGGCGUCUACUCGCAGUUUACCAUGCUUACGAUGACGUACGACGCCAGGAUAUGGAACCUGAAGAUGUAUAUCAAGCACUACUCGCGGUGCCCGUCCGUGCAAGAGAUCGUGGUGGUCUGGAACCACGGGACGCCGCCAGACCCCAGUGACUUCGACUCGGCUGUUCCCGUCAGGAUCCGGGUGGAGCCAACGAACUCGCUGAACAACAGGUUUAAGCCAGACCCGCUCAUCAAGACGAGGGGGGUGUUCGAGCUGGAUGACGACAUUAUGGUGACUUGCGAUGACGUUGAGAGGGCCUUCAGGUCGUGGAGGGAGAAGCCGGGGCGCAUCGUCGGCUUUUAUCCCCGGCUUAUUGAUGGUGAUCCGCUCGAGUACAGAAACGAGAGACACGCUCGGCGGGGCAAAGGCUACAACAUGAUUCUCACAGGGGCAGGCUUUAUGGACGGGCAGACGGCAUUUGAAAGAUACUGGAGUCCGGAUGUGGAGCAGGCCCGUGCCGUGGUGGACGAGCUAUUCAACUGCGAAGACAUCCUGCUCAACUUUCUGCUGGCGAAUGGCACCACGUCCCGGACAGUGGAGUAUGUCCACCCCUCCUGGGCGAUCGACACGUCGAGGUUCUCAGGCGCAGCCAUCAGCAAGGAUACAAAGACACACUACGACAAGCGCAGCCAGUGCCUGGCGAGGUUCGCCAAGUUGUUCGGGAGGGUGCCCGUGCGGAAGUGGGAGUUUGGCACUCGACGAGACGGGUGGGAUCACUGACGAGAGAUCAUCUGGCGAUACUUUUGCUUUUGCGGAGUGGUGGAAGCUCAACUUGGUCACGAAUCACGAAGAACAAGGGUUGCUUGAUCGAUGGCAAGUGUACAAUUGGCACAGGCAGCAGUAGCAACAGCAAUAGCAGCAGCAGCAGCACACGGGGUCCUUCCUUGGACUCGUUCGGGUUUGGGAUUUUCUCGCUUUUUUUUUUUUUCCUUCUUCUUCUUCUUCUCUCUUUUGUUUGUUUCUCACGUAGCUGUGUUUUUUCGUUUUAUCUUUCCUUCCUCUUGUACAUUACGAGACAGAGCGUCAAGUGAAGUGGCCUUUGUCUAUCCAUCCAUCCAUCCACAUCGCCUUCCUCGCCUCUCUAUCCGGAGAAAGUUUGGAAUCUCUCUCGUUCCAAGAGAAACAACCAGAUGCUGGGCUAAAUGAUUUCCAUGAUUUCUCUCUAUCCGAAGAUUCCCCCCCCUUCCUUGUUCAUGGAAAGCUCCAGCCAAGAUCACAAAAAUCUAUAACAUACUCCUUUAGCUUUUGGAGGAUGGCGGGGACCCAACAAUCAUUCAAGCUGCAUAUAAAUGUGGGGGCGUGGGUGGCCAUCCACAUGUGAUAUGGCCUCAAUACCAGAGAAUCCAACCAAUCCAACUAAGAUCCUCACACAAGAGCUUUCUUUUGGCC